GCUCAACCAGGAACGGCUGUGAUGUUACGGGAGAGGGGCGCGUCACCGCGCACCCCAACUCUCGCGAGGGUGUAGGAUGACGUGCGGACAAGCAGCGCCGACGGCUUCUGUCCUGUGGUGGUUGUGGCGUGUUGGAGGCAUUCACAGUGGAAGAAGGAGCUAUAAUAGAAUCAAUGAAAAACUAGACACAAACAAAGGUUGACAAACAACCAAUUUACAAAAGAAUACGAACAUUGAAAAUAGAUAGAUAAUGCUGAGAACAUGUUGGAGAGUCCUUAAAAGUGAGUCCAUAGGUUGUGGAAUCUGUUCAGCAUUGAGAUGAAAUGCGUUGAAGAGCCAGAGCCGGGAGUAUUUGAAUGUAGUUUAUGUGGACUCAGAGCACCGUUUAACUACCAUGGACAAAAGCCACCAAAUGCACGUUCUAUUGUACUGCUAGAGGAGUGCUACACCAUGAAUGAUCCAUUCACAUCUCAAAAGGACAGAUUUCUUAUUAUUGGAUCUCACUGUAGUCUUUGCAACAGCAUUGUAUGUGUUGGACAAGAAUGUAGCCUCUUCUACACAAAGCGCUUCUGUAUCCCCUGUGUUAAGAAGCACAUGGAACUGUUCCCUGAAGAGAUUCAGUUGGAUCUACAGAAGAAGCAGCAGCAAAAGCCUCAUUCCUCAGGUUAAACACAGCAAGAGAUUUCCUUUAAUGAGAAAACCUGGGAGUUGAUCCUUUAUACCAAAAUACAUCCAAUCAGGAGCUUCUUCCGAUGUGAAUAAAAAGACAAAGCAUUAUCACACUACUUUUGAAAACUUUUUCUAUAAAGCAGUCCAGCAAAACUACUCUAUUUCAUUUGCAGAAAGAUUGUAAUAAAUGAUUUCAAUUAUAUUGGAAAAGUAAAUGAAUAAACAGCCAUUUUUCCUUUAAUAUAAG